AUGGCAACCGACCAUUUCGCAACACAGGCUCCCUUUAGCUUCCAGAAUCCCGAUACCGAAGUUCCUCACGGCAUUACUUCAAAUAUGUUCGACUUUUACCCCAUGCCUGACGCCUGGGUUAGCACUACAAGCGAUAAUCAGUGGUACGCCACUGAGCCCGACUACCUGCGUUUCCCCGUUUCGUGUAUGGAUACCUCGCUCGAGAGCCAACUGGACAUGAGCAACACAAUGAGCAGUACAAAUACCAUGGCCAACUCUCUUGAAAAUAUUCGAUGCUCCUCGCCGUCCAUGUUCAAGACCUCUUACACAAACGCAAACUUUGACCCAAAUCGCGUCCAGAUGUCGGCGAACAGCUCGCAAUCUCGUGAUAGCGAACACUCUAUAUAUGAUAAACGCAGUACGAGCUCGCAGACAAGUCUCAACCCACAGUCCCCCCCAAAGAAAAAGUGCCGAGCUGGACGGAAGCCCGGCACAAAAGACGUAGGCCUUGAUCCAGCAAGAGCUACAUAUCUCGAGAAGAACCGCAAAGCUGCAAGCAAGUGUAGGAGUAAGCAAAAAAGACAACAAGACGACCUAGUGGAGCGGGCUCGCGAAGUCGAGCGCAGGAAUAAGUUGUUGAAGGCAGAAGUAGCAAUGCUGCGGGGUGGAAUGCUCGAGCUUAUGGACAUGGUCGGCCAACACGACGCGUGCUCAGACUCAAGACUCAUACGAUAUGUACAGCGAGAGGCGAACCGUCUCACUGGUGGACUUUCCAGGACACUCCCAUUUGUCGGCGCAACGGUGAAACUGCCAACGGGCCAUUGUUGA